AUGGCUACGUCUCGUUUAGGCUUAUCAUGUGCGUGGCACCUGCAGCAAGCGUUACGUCGCUCUUUGCAGUCUUCUCUACCUUCUGUCAAUAUAUCUGCCUUACCAGCCACAGCACUAGGAGUGCAACGCUCAGCACAAUCCGGAGUAGAUUACCAGACGAGCGUGGCACUACAGCUAGGAAGCCGUAAAAAGAAGAGCAAGAUAUGUGUUCCCGAUACAGACUUCCCGGCACCUGAAGAGCUUGCUAAUAGUAUCGUGAACAAUUUGUCUCUAUCUAUAGAAGAACAGUGUCCUCUACUUAAAAACGUAUUUGUCACCAAAGGCGGAUUUGUAAACCUUGUGCUACAUGACGAAUGGGUGGCGCGUCAGGCUGUGCAUAUGGCUAUCAAAGGCAUUCUUCCUGUUAAUCUUCCAUCAAACGAACAAAAAAACAUUUUAGUAGAUUUUGCUGCUCCAAACAUGGGCAAGAAGCUGCACGUUGGUCAUCUGCGCUCGUCUGUACUGGGCGACACGAUUUGCAAUCUACUGGAAUUUCGUGGUCAUCGUGUGGCAAGAAUAAGUCACACAGGAGACGUCGGAUCUGCCCUUGCAACACUCAUUGUCGAACUAAUGGAACAACAAGUGACAUUGGAGACAUUAACAGAUGCAGAAUUGGGCAAGUACUAUGAAAUGGGCAAACGUAGACUUAUAUUGGACACAGCUUUUAAACUCAAGGUUGAUCAUGUUGUCCUUCAACUGCAACUACUUGGGACGGACUCUGAAGUGGAUAUAAAUAUUGAAAAGACGUGGAUACGUGCGUGUCAAGUGAGUCGAGAAGCUUAUCAGCGCAUCUUUGAUCGCCUUGGAGUAACUGUGUAUGAACGUGGCGAGUCCACAUAUAUGACAUUGGUACCUAAAGUUAUAAAAUUAAUGGAAAGUAAUGGCUUAGCAGUGGCAUCUCAGGGUGCCUUAGGUAUCUUUCUAGACGGUCCAGAUAAGCCGCCGAUGCUCAUUCGAAAGAGUGACGGUGGCUUUUUGUACGCUACAGUGGAUCUUACCUGUCUCUACUCUCGCAUUCAUGGCUUUCCAGGCGUGGAUAAAACUUUGUACGAUGAAAUUAUAUACGUGACGGAUCAGAGUCAACAACUUCACUUUAAACAUUUAUUUGCCACAGCUAAACAAGCCGGAUGGACAAAACGACAUGGUAAAGAUGAUGUCAAAUUGACCCAUGCCGCGUUUGGCUUGGUGCUUGGGAAUGAUGGGACUAAACUCAGUUCUCGUAAUGGAGCGUUUGAUUAUUUAGAAGAUUUGCUUAAUGGCGCAGCUGCAGAGUGUUCGCGGCAGUCUUUAGCUUCUGCAACUACAGGGGCCGUUUCUAAAGCACUUAGUUUAACUCAAGAACAGAUAGAUACUCAAAACCGUUUGUUGGGAGAUGCUGCAGUGCGCUACUUUGAGUUGGCGCAACAGCGCGAGCGAAAUUACAAGUUCAUUUUAGAUAAUGUAUUGAACCUGAAAGGCAAUACAGGCGUGUAUCUCAUGUACGCAUCUGCGAGACUACAUGGAAUUCUACGGAAAGCUAGUGGAUCAACAGCCAUUCAGACAUCGUGGGACUCAUUUUUGGGGUUCUCAGAUGACGCUUUAGCAGCUCAAAAUUUGCUAGCGGUGGCGUCAAUUGAUUGGCAUCCGUCAGAGCGAGCAUUGGCUUUGCUGCUUUCCCAAUUCGAUGAUGAAGUGGCGGCUACACUGUCACAAUUGUACCCUCACUACUUGUGCGAAUACUUGUUUCGUGUGGCUAGCCAAUUUCACAGUUUUUAUGAGAGUUGCCGGGUACUUCAAAAUUCUCGUCAAGACAGUCGACUUUUACUCUGCGCUAUUACUGAUGCAGUGUUACGACGCGGUUUACAGCUAGUUGGAGUUGCACCUGUGGAUCGCAUGUGA